UUUAUUCGCAGUCAGUCAGCCGACGAUUGUUGAACCCGACAGACGUGCGCGCACUACAUAUGUAGCCAGUCAGCUCGAUCGGCGAGCUUACCCGUUUUUCCCACUGUGUUUUUUUUCGACAAUUUCGCGUGCAAAGCGUUGAUCACUGCCAAAAAUUGCUUUGUCUUCCUGCCCCCCAUGUGUGACGCAGUCUUCAACAAAGGUUCUGUGGAACUGCAAACGGGAUAAGCAAACCGAAACCCUUGUGAGUGAAAAGAAAGUGCCUACGAAAAGGAGUUGAUUAAAAGUUGAAUACUAAUUGAAAAGGAGCCGCCGCCUGCAAAGUGAACGAUCCGUCAAUCAUAAAUUAAUCAAAGCAUUACGUUACAACACAAAAAACGAUUUUCGGACUCGGAUUCUCUUCACUUUUUUUUCCGAGCGGAGAGUAAAAACAAAAAAAAAAGUCAAGAAAGCAAGAGGAAGAGGAAGAGCAGGAGGGAGCCAACAACAAAAUGUGCCGCUGCUGUCAAAACUGCUGGGAAGAUUUCUACUGGAAUUGCUUCGAGGAGCGUUUCUGCUACGACGAAUCCAUCGCCAACUACAAUCCCGAGGAGGACGAGGACUACCUGGCAUCCAGAAAGAAUGGCCAGAUUAUUGGACGCAUACAGCCGACAUCGGCGGAUAAUAAUAAUUCGCUGACGGUGCCCCAGCCGAUUUGCGAUCAGCCGCAAAUGAGGCAGGGCAACUCGAGCCUGGGCCUGAGCCUAAUGAGCGCCAAGAUCCACGAGGAGGACUAUCGCCGCGAGACGCAGAUCAAUGUGCCCAACUUGGGGCCAGAGAUACUGGCGGUGUUUGCCAACUCGCAGAUCUUCCAGGACCAUCAGCCCACCAAGCUGAACCGGAUCAGCACCAAGACCUAUCUGGCCGGGAUCCAUUCGCCGAAUCGCGAGAUGCCGACAACACCGCGUCUCAGUGAUCAGGAUCGUUUGCUGCGGCGACUGGAAGGAGAUGCCACUGAUGCGAGAACAGGAUCGGCUGAGAAGCGAAUCACCUUCACAUUGGCUCCCAGCUCCGCCGAAUGCUCGCCCUCGGGUAGCCAAACGACCCUUACUCCCAAAAAAUUCGAGGCCAUUGCCGAGGAGGAGAAGGAGGAUGACAAGGCCGAUGAUGAUGAGGAGGAGGAGGAGGUCAUGGAGGAGGUGGUGCUGCGACCUCGCCUCAUCGACCGGCAUCCCCAUCUGCUGUCCAAUCCCAGUGGCCUGACCACCACGCCCAAACGGAUCCUGCGAUCCGCCAAGAGCGUUCCACACAUGCAUGUCCGCUCGUCGGCCAGUGAGACGGAUAUAUUCUCCAUAAGCGGUACGAUGACCGGAAGCAGCCAGAUCAGCAUGACGCCGGAGGUACCAUCGAUCUCGUUCAGUAAUCUGCCGAAGAACUACGAGGACACUCCCACCAUCGAGAAGUACAGGGUGUCGCAGAGUCUGUAUUCCAUUCAGACGGCAAAUGCUGCACGGGCCACGCAAGAUGAUUACUCCAUGCCGCGCUACUUCCGUCGAUCUGCCAUGCUAUUGACCCAGAGCUCUGAGGUCCUGCCCGGCGCCAGUUCACUGGCCUCCAUGUCGCCAUCGAUCGCCUCGUCCUCUGCCUCGCCCGGUUCCUCCAAGGAUGAGCUGCGUCGCCCAGAGAAGGAGAAAAGCAAACGACUCCAGAUGUUGCGCGGAAAUCUACCGCCCUUACUUAUCCAUUCCGUGUCCUUCAAAAGAAAUCGCGACGAGGGCAAGCAGGUUGACUAAUCGCCCUCCAGAUAUAUAUAUAUAUAUAUAUAUACAUUUAUAUAAUUGUUAACCACUUUGUCCAUGUUUUUAAUGUCUAAAAUGUAUUAGCCGUUAGUACCUGCUUAUGCGAUUUCUGUAUUAUCUUCUAAGCAAUGACCUUGUCCAAACAAUUCUUCAGUAUUCGGAUGUACUUCAAUUUGAGUUAAUGAUUGAUAUUACAAAAUAAAUUGUAUUUUAUCCAAAAAAAAAAAACAAUA